AUGGUGAAUUUUAUGAAGAAGCUUGCUAGGAUGGAUGUGGAUAUGAGUGCUAAAGAGAGGCAUUUAUUUUCAGUUGGUUUUAAGAAUACAAUUGGUGCAAGGAGGGCAUCAUGGAGAAUCCUUUCUUCACUUGAGCAAAAGGUGGCAGUGGGCGAGCAGGCUGGCCAGAUGAUAAGUGUUUACAGAAUGAAAGUUGAGGAUGAACUAAGGAUGGUUUGCAAUGAAAUAUUGUCAAUCAUCGCUAUUCAUUGCCUUCCCUUGGCUAAUGCGGGUGAAAACAUUGUGUUCUUUCAUAAAAUGAAAGGUGACUACUACCGUUACCUGGCUGAAUUUAGCAUUGGGGCUGAAAAGAAGUCUGCGGCUGAUCAAUCACUCAUGGCCUAUCAGCAUGCCAUGGUUAUCGCCUCCACUGAGCUUUCACCUGCUCAUCCAAUCAGGCUUGGCCUUGCGCUCAAUUUCUCAGUGUUCUUUUAUGAGAUAAUGAACUUUCAUCAGAGGUCAUUCACCCUUAAAUGA